UCCCCGUCCUUCUAAGCACGCACAGAGGCACCUUGAAAGUGUUGACGAGCAAGACUGGAGGAAAUGAAAGGACAGUUAAGGUAACUGGGUUGCUUUGCCUUUGGCAACAGUAGAACAGCACAUCUUUGCAGAGUGAUUCUAGGAUUAAAGAGAUCAGGCUUACAGGCAAUCCAAUGGCUGACCAAAGGAUGGACAUUACCUCCACGAUCAGUGAUUUUAUGUCACCUGGUCCCACUGAUUUGAUCUCUAGUUCUCUUAACUCUUCAGGAAUGGAUUGUAACAGGAAAAGGAAAGGAAGUUCUACUGAUUACCAACUCGAUGGGUUUUCUUUUGACGAAGGCAUGGAUACUGAUAAGGAUGAUCAACAUGGAAGGUUGGAAUAUACAGACCAACAAGGCAGAAUAAAAAAUGCAAGAGAGGCUCACAGUCAGAUUGAAAAACGGCGUCGUGAUAAGAUGAACAGCUUUAUUGAUGAAUUGGCUUCUUUAGUGCCAACGUGCAAUGCUAUGUCCAGAAAGCUAGAUAAACUUACUGUUCUGAGAAUGGCGGUUCAGCACAUGAAGACUUUACGAGGUGCUACAAAUCCAUACACUGAAGCAAACUACAAACCUGCUUUUCUCUCAGAUGAUGAAUUAAAGCAUCUAAUUCUUAGGGCAGCAGAUGGCUUUCUCUUCGUUGUGGGAUGUGACAGAGGGAAGAUACUCUUUGUUUCGGAAUCUGUCUUCAAAAUCCUCAAUUAUAGUCAGAACGAUCUGAUUGGCCAGAGCCUGUUUGAUUACCUGCAUCCUAAAGAUAUUGCCAAAGUUAAGGAACAACUCUCUUCUUCAGAUACUGCUCCACGGGAAAGGCUCAUAGAUGCAAAAACUGGACUUCCAGUCAAAACAGAUAUAACACCUGGGCCAUCACGACUGUGUUCUGGAGCAAGACGAUCAUUUUUUUGUAGGAUGAAAUGCAACAGACCCUCAGUGAAAGUAGAAGACAAAGACUUUCCUUCCACCUGUUCUAAAAAGAAAGCAGAUCGCAAAAGCUUUUGUACUAUCCACAGCACAGGAUAUUUAAAAAGCUGGCCACCAACAAAAAUGGGACUAGAUGAAGACAAUGAGCCUGAUAAUGAAGGCUGUAACUUAAGUUGUCUUGUUGCAAUCGGACGUUUACAUCCUCAUGUAGUUCCUCAACCAUUAAAUGGAGAAAUCAGGGUUAAACCCACAGAAUAUGUUUCGCGACAUGCAAUUGAUGGCAAAUUUGUAUUUGUAGAUCAGAGGGCGACUGCAAUUUUGGCAUAUUUACCACAGGAGCUUCUAGGUACAUCAUGUUAUGAAUAUUUUCAUCAAGAUGACAUAGGACAUCUUGCAGAAUGUCAUCGACAAGUUUUACAGUCGAGAGAGAAAAUUAGUACUAACUGUUACAAGUUUAAAGUCAAAGAUGGAUCUUUUAUUACACUGAGGAGUUGUUGGUUCAGUUUCAUGAACCCUUGGACCAAAGAAGUAGAAUAUAUUGUCUCAACGAACACAGUGGUUUCUGCUAAUAUGCUUGAUGGUGGAAAUACGUCUUUUCCACAACUAGCAGCUUCACCUCACAGCAUGGACAGUGUACUCCAAGCAGGGGAAGGUAAUUAUUGUAUCUAUCUUAACAAUAGAGAUACUGAAAGUUCUUCAUCUUCAGUGAUUUCCUCCUGUAACAGGCUUGCAAUACCUUAUAAACUCAUUGUGAAAUGCAUGAAGAUACGAGGCUCUUCCCCUUCAAGCUGUGGCUCCAGCCCCUUGAACAUGACCAGCACACCUCCCCCUGACACUUCAUCACCAGGAGGCAAAAAGAUUUUGAAUGGUGGAACAGCAGACAUUCCUCCUGCCAGUAUAUUGUCUGGCCAGAUACAAGACAACCCAGUCUAUCCAUAUCCUGACAACAACUCUAUUCUUGGGGAAAACUCGCAUAUAGGCAUUGAUAUGAUAGACAAUGACCAAGGAUCCAGCAGCCCCAGCAAUGAUGAGGCAGCGAUGGCAGUUAUCAUGAGCCUUUUGGAAGCAGAUGCAGGGCUUGGUGGCCCAGUUGAUUUUAGUGACUUACCAUGGCCCUUAUAGAUGCUGCCCAUAAGCUUUGACAACAGAAUAUAUCAAAGUGCAUUAUUGGUGGAGUUCUCCAAUCUGUGAAGCUUGCUGAAUUGCUUUGGUGUUUUAAUUUGAUAAGCCAUAUCAGAGAACAGUCAUACUUCUCCUGUGUGUACUUUCUGACCAAGUGGAGAUGAAUUUGCAACGGUGUUCCUAUAAUUUUUGUUAGCUGUGUAUAGCUUGCAUUAACUGUAUAUUUUGGGUACUGUUUUUGUGUUGACUUUUUUUUUUAAAAAAAAUAUCACUGUGCAAAUUAAGCACUAGCAUCACUGGUGGGUUUUAUAUGCAAAUGUCAUUUCAGCUACAUGGUGUUUUUACACUACAGAGAAGGUCCCUAUGUGGAUAAAGAAUAUUUCUUAUACUAAUAUAUCAAAACUGUUUCUUGUAAGAUCCUUUACUAUAAAUAUUGUUGAAGUGUAAUGUAUUAGACAGUU